UCCAUUUUCAACUUCUAAUUAACGACUAAAACUAAAUCUUUGUUAUGGCUACUUUUACUUCUUUUGCUUCCGUCAAAAUUCCCAAUCUCCAGUCCGGCGACCGGCGUUCCAUUUUCCGGCCAAAUAGCAGUAAGAAAAUACUCAAGUUGUCCCGAUGCAACGUUGAAAACUCAACAAGUAACUCAUCAAACAAUACUAGUACUAGUAGCGAAGAUUCUGAGUCCGAAAAUUUGCUGCUCAAAUUGGCUUGGUAUGGUUCUGAAUUCCUCGGGAUUGCUGCAUCAAUUUUCCGUUCUCCGGCGGGUACUGAAGCUCCUUCAGAAGGGAAUUUGGAACUUGCAACUGAUGGUUCUGGACUUGUUGAUCGUGCCCUUGUUGUUGAUAACAUUAAAGACGACUUCCAAAGAUCCUACUUUGUUACAGGAAAUCUGACCCUAAAUGCAUAUGAAGAGAAGUGUGAAUUUGCGGAUCCAGCAGGUUCCUUCAAAGGGCUUAGUCGGUUUAAAAGGAACUGUACUAAUUUUGGUUACCUUGUUGAAACAUCAAAUAUGAAACUCAUGAAGUGGGAGGACUUUGAGGACAAGGCGAUUGGUCAUUGGCGUUUUAGUUGCGUACUGUCAUUUCCAUGGAAGCCCAUUCUUUCAGCAACUGGUUAUACAGAAUACUAUUUCAAUGAGAAAUCUGGAAAAGUUUGUAGACAUAUAGAGCAUUGGAAUGUGCCAAAGAUGGCUCUUCUGAAGCAAAUAAUAAGGCCUAGUAGGGGGAAAAAGGCCAGUGGAUGAAGUACUAGCUAGCGCUAAUGAUCCCUGUGAACUACAACCCUCAUAUGGCUCAAAAACACGACAUGAACAAGAAUAUAAACCAUACAAUGAUACUGGAUUUAAAGGGGAGGAAGAUUUGUUAUGUGAAUGGUGUCGAAAAAGAAUGAAGAAUAUGAAGAAAAGACACUAAUGCAUUAAUGUCAAUAUUCUUAUUCAGAGUGCAGCAGAAGUGGAGAUAAAUAAGCUUAGACUCGCUUCGUGUGUUGGUAAGUAUCUGAAACAAAUAUUAAGUGUGUUUAUGUUGUUUAGGCCUGUUCAACUGAUUCACACACAAUAUUACACUGGUUUCAUGAGAUAAAUAGAGAGAAGUAGACGCGUUCUAUCUUGCAUUUCACUCUUCCAAUAUAUAUCAAGAUUAUAGCUCAUUUGAUGCAUUGUAA